AUGGCAGUACUGCUUCUACUGUUUUCUUGUCUACUCUUCAUUAUUCGAAACUCGGAAGAAGCUCCAUUAGAAUUUAAACAAGAAAUAAUUGCAGGUGGCCCCAAAUAUAAUUACAGUUUCAGCUCAGGUCAACAGUCUCUCAUCAACUCUGCUAUCCUCUACAUUGCUACUGCAGUAAAAAUCAUUCAAUUUAAUCAGAAAACUGGAGAAAUUAUUACACUCAUGGGAUGUGAGGAUUCUGUAUUCGAAAGGUGUGAUACUGCAGACAGUCUGGAGAAGAAAAACGAUACCAAAGCAACCAAUCUCUACUACCCACUUUCCUAUUUUUAUGUUUUGGAAGAUUUGACAAGUGGAAACAAGACGAUUUAUGUUUCUGGAUUCAAGCAAAUUAUUAAAAUUGACAAUGAUGGAUUAGUCAGUGUUUUUGCAGGAUAUUUUGGAGCAUUAGAGAGAGGGGAUGGAGGAUUAGCUACGAAAGCUAGGUUUCUUUCGAUUAAUUCCUUGUGGGUUGACCAAAAUGGAAUUGUCUUUGUUUGUGAUUAUACAGAUUAUAGAAUUAGAAGAAUUGGCUUGGAUGGAAUAAUUUCAACAUUUGCUGGUAGUGAUGGUUUAGUAACUCAAACUAAAUUAGAUGGUUUUGCCAAUGAAACAGUUUUGAGUAGUCCAAAGAAAAUUGUUGGAAUGGAGAAUUACCUUUUUGUGAUUGAUUCAUUUUCCACUUUUAAAAUUGAAAUGAAAAGUGGUUGGUUGACAGUUAUUAGUGGAAGAGAAUUUAAGGGAGGAACUCAGUAUCAAGUGAAUGGACUAGCAAUUAAUGCUUCCUUGAAUGAUGCAGCUGGAAUUUCAGUAACAAGUGAUGGAACGAUUUUGGUUUCACUUGGCAGUCAAUUGUUGAAAAUUAAGGAUGGAAUUAUUUCAUCAUUUGUGAAUUUGGCUCAGUAUGUCAGUACUGAUGUUAAUUUAUUCUCUGGAAAUUAUGUGAAUGACAUUUGUAUGAUUGGUAGAGUGGAUUUGGUGAGUGGAGAGCUCACUCGUUUAUACGAUUGUGAAUAUGGAUCUUUUUCUGAUUUUAUUGAUGGAAAAUUUAUGAGAUUUAAUUCAAUUUCUGCAAUGACUCUCAAUGAAACAAGUAGAUUAUUGUACAUUGCAGAUGAUUUGACCAAGAAAUUGAAAAUUAAUGUAUUGAAUAUUGAUACAAACCAAGUUGUGAAAUAUUCACUUUCUAAUAAGAUUUCGAACGAAUCAUGUACUGUUCCUGGUGCCUCCACAAAUGUAAUUUCCACAAUAGAAAACCCAAGUGGUCUAAUUCUUAAUAAUGAAAAACUCCUCGUGGCAAGCAAUGUGGGACUAAAGUUUAAUUUACAACAAUUUUCGUUAAAUACCAACGGAAACAAUUGCAUGUAUGCAGGUUCCAUAACUUCUGACAGACUAUUCGCCAAUACGAAUGCUUCCAGAAUCAUUCUUAAUAAUCCAAUGGGUAUUCACUGCUCUACAGAUUUUACUCAAAUAUACAUUGCAGAUACUGGAAAUCAUAGAAUUAGAAAAAUUACGAAAGAUGGAAUAAUCAACACUAUAGUAGGAACUGGAAUUGCUGGAUUCAAUGGAGAUUCUCUUCAUCCCCUUAAUACUCAUUUGAAUUCUCCACAGUAUGCUACAAGUAAAAGAAUUGGAAUCUUGAUAUCUGAUACCCUUAAUCAUAGAGUUAGAAUUGUGCCCUACACCAAUGCAUCCACAGUUUCUACACUUGUUGGAUUGGGUUCGUCAGGUUCUACCAUUGUGGAAAAUAAUCCAAGACAAACAGAGCUCAAUUCACCUUCUGGAAUUGAAGUUAUACGAAAUGGAUUCUUUUUUUAUGAUAUUUACAUUGCUGAUUCAUCAAAUCAUCGAAUUCUCCAGGUGAAAUAUCAAAAUGUGAAACAAGAUUCUCAAGGUUUUUUGAUUCCUGAAGGAACAAUUAGUACUUUGGCUGGGACAACUGUGGCAGGAUAUAAUGGAGAUGGAAUUACGGCUAAAACAGCCAAAUUAUUCAAUCCAACAUCGAUAACAGUUCAUUCCAAUGGUUUUUUAAUUGCAGAUUCGUAUAAUAAUAGGAUUCGUUUUGUUUCACGGACUGGAUUCAUUUAUUCAAAGGUUUCUAAUGAUGAUGGCAAUACUAUUGGAUUUCCAUUUGGUGUUUGCUCAAUAGUAAGUGAUGGAAGUUUCUUCUUUACAGAGAAUAAUAAUAUACGAAAGUUGGACACUCUAUUGUUAACCCCAGUUGGAGGAAUUGGUGAUGGAAUGAGUGUUUAUAAUGCUAAUGUUUAUCCAGCUAAAAUGGUUAAAACAUCCAAUAAUGAACUGGUAAUAUCCGAAUCGAAUACGAAUCGAAUAAGAUUAGUUGAUAAUAGUGGUAUAAUUCGAACAAUAGCUGGAACUGGAAAGUUUGGAUUUUCAGGUGAUGGCAGCAUUGGUAUUUUAGCAAAUCUAAGAUCACCAACUGGAUUAGCCAUAAAUCCAAUAACUAAGGAUAUUGUUUUUUCAGACACGAGUAAUCAUCGUAUUAGAAAGUUGACUAAAAAAGAUGAUCAUUAUGAAAUUUCUACAAUUGCUGGAUCUGGAGAGGAAGGUUUCAGUUCUGGCACUGAUCCUCUACAAGUUAAAUUAUCCUACCCAAGAGCUGUCUCCUUCCUUAGUAAUGGAGACUUGGUGAUUGGUGACACGCUUAAUUAUAUGCUUAGAAUUGUUUCCAAAGGGAAAAUUAGAACAACAGUUAAUCAUGAUGGCAUCCUUUCAGAUAUUCAGGUCACUAGCGAUAACACAAUUUACCUUGCAUUGUACGAUACCAUUAUGAGAUUAACUCCAAUGUGUAAUGAGGGUUAUCAAUUAGAUUCUAAUAGAACUGAAUGUUUGGCUGUAUGCUUUGGGAUUCCUGAUAAUGAAACCUUGUCAGUUUGUCACAACCAUGGUGCUUGUGUGUCACCAAACAAGUGUCAAUGUCAAGAAAAAUACACGGGCAGUCAAUGUGAAAUUCCAAUUUGUUAUGGAAUUACAGCAAACAAUUCUCAAGUAUGCUCCAAUAAUAAUGGAACCUGUAGUGAACCUGAUUCAUGUCGAUGCAAUGAUGGUUAUUAUGGUUUCCAAUGUGAAAAUGCAAUUUGUUUCUCCAAACUAAUUGGAGAUUCGUGUGGAGGAAGCGAACGUGGAAUUUGCACCUCGAGAAACAAGUGCUCAUGUAAGGGAAGUUUCAUUGGAGAGGAGUGCCAGCUCAGUUCAUGUUCUGGAAUCAGCGAAAAGGAUCCACAUGUUUGUUAUGGAAGAGGAGUUUGCAAAACUACAGGAGAUUGUGAAUGUAAUUUUGGAUAUUCUGGAAAUAAUUGUCAAGAUGGUGGACAAAUCAUUGCCUUUAUUGUGAGUUUCAUUGCUGUGCUAUUCCUUUGCAUUGCACUCGUUGUGGCCAUUACCUUUUUCAGCUCCAUACUUAUUAAGAAGAAUAGAGCCCAACGAAAGAUUAUUCAAGUUGACUUGGCAUUGGAUGAAAGACUCAUUAUCAACUCGUAUCAUUUGGAACCAAUUGCUGAGGAACUCAAAGAAAAUGAUUUUAUCAUUCCACUUCAAAAAUUAGGAAUGGAAAAACCAAUGAAAAGAUUGGGUGAGGGCGGAGUAGGGAGUGUCUAUCAAACCAUGUGGUCUGGAAUGAUUGUUGCUGUCAAAGUCUUUGAUUUGAAUAAUGUCAAUAUUUCAGAGGAAGAUUUCAGAGUGGAAGCAAUUUUAUUAAGCAAACUCCGACAUCCAAAUAUUAUCAAUUUUUAUGGAGUUUCUACCUCACCAACGAAACGAUACAUUGUCAUGGAAUGUUUGGAACAAAGUUUGGAUAAGGUAAUUUUAAAAUUGGAAUCCAAAACAUUGGCCCUUCCACUUGUGGAAAAGAUUAAAAUGUUAAUUUCCAUUUCGAAUGGUGUGGAAUAUUUACACAAUUUGAAACCGAGAAAGAUUAUUCAUAGGUACCUCUCUCCCUUUGAAUUGACCACACCACUAACCAACACAUAUCGAUUUUACCAUUCCAUCGAACUCUACCAACAAUUUGAAGAAUUACAAAACUACAUGUUAAUCAACAAGAACCUUUUUUAUGAUAUCUUGAUGAAUGAUGAUUUAUCGUUGGUCAUGAAAAACAUGUGGCACAUGAUUAUAGAAAAUUGUGAAUAUUGUGUAAUUUAUGGAACAGAGAGGAAUGUUUCGAAUAAUGGAUUAGAUUUGGUGGAAGGAAAUAUGCAGAAAAUUAGAAAAUUAUUUAGUAUGAUGAAUGAUGCAAAAACAUUUAUUCGAUUUUUUAAACUAGAUAUUCGACUGUGUCAUUAUUUUGAAAGUUUGAUCAAUGGAGAAAAUGAUUCUGAAAUUGAAUUGGAAAGGUUUCGUUCCAGAUUGGAUAGAAUUCCAAGUUUGACUCAAGAUUCCAAGAAUGCUUCAAGAAUAAUGGAGAAUUGUUAUCACGUUUUGAAAUCUAAUUUUCCAAACCAAAUCGAAUAUAUUACAAAGAAUGGAUGUGUAGAUUCUAAUGAGAAAAAUCAAAGAAUUUCUCAAUUGAUUCGUGCAAUAUUUGAUAGAAAGUUUGUGGAUGUUCAAUUAACAACCACUGGAAUGACACGAUUAUGUAUGAUUUUAGCAUUUGUUGAGCUACUCGCGGACAAGAAUGACCCUUUAAUUGACAAGAUUAUACGGUAUACAAUUACUGAUAACGACAGGUUGGACGAAACUAAAAAAUCAGAAACCCUACUGAGAUUAUUUGCUGGUGAAUAUGGUUUCAUUGAAUCAAUAUUUGUUAGGAGAGAUUUUGAAAGAAUUCAAAAACUUGCCGAUUCAAUACCAAACAAUUAUCAAAAAUCAACUUUAAUUUGGAUUGUGGUGAAAGAUAUGAUUUCAGUAUAUUUUAAACACUUGGAAUUUUUUGACAAGAAUGAUUGUUUGGAAGAUUUAUUGAAGCUUAUCAUUAGAUUUCUCAAUUCUGUUGGCUCCCCUUUCAAAAAGCACAAUAUAUUAUAUAUGAUGGAGCUUUUAUCUGUAAAUGUGCAAAAUAAUCUUACCAGUUGUAAAUCUAUUGCCUUGGAAUCAUUUGUAAAGAUUUAUGAUUGUUUUCUUACUACGAAAUCCUUACAGAUUGAGAAAGAAAAUGAGCUAUUGGAAGAAUUUCUUGUCAUAUUUUCUCAAAAAACUGAGCUAUUCGAAAAGAUGUUGGAAAAGGAUGAAUUUAGCAAAACUUUGGAACUAGUUUGUGAUAAUGGAACAAUUUUUACAAAGAUUUUAAGUCAAGUCGUUGAGUUUGAUCCCAGAUGCAAGUGUUACUCAUUGACUGAUAAAAAGGUGAAAUUUUCCAUUUUCCAAUCUAGCAUGGACAGUCUAAAGAAAACCCUUGGAGAGGAGAAGCUUAAGUAUGAAAUGGAGAGGAAUGGAUUCAGACAAUUGAUAAAUUCCAUUGUUAAACAAUGUGGCGCGUACAAGAAUUCCAAUCCUAUGAAAAUAAUGAUCACUAAAAUUGAUAAGUAUUUAACAUUCUAA